AUGUCGAAUCAUACCCCGUCGGCCGUACGGCAGCGCAAGCCAGCCAAGUCCGAACCAAAUGGCUCUUCUUCUUCGACCACCGUCACGAGCACCUCUUCGACCGCCUCGGCAAUCCUCGCAACCACCGCUCCCGAAUGGCUGCUCAUUCUCAGCCUCAUCUUCGGCGGCUGCUGUUCCAACGCUUACACACUCGAACUCGCAACUCGCCAACUCCCCUCCGCCGGUACCCUGAUCACAUUCGCCCAGUUCCUUGUCACCACGCUAUCCGCCUUGCCCCACUUCGUGCGCUUCUCCGCGCACUUCCCGUUCAUCGGGUUGAAGGACAGAGCGGUGCCGCUGUACAGGUGGAUCGUCCAGGUGGGCUUUUACCUGACCACGAGCUUGCUCAACAAUAUGGCAUUUGCGUAUGACGUGCCUAUGCCGGUGCAUAUCGUGUUCAGGUCCGGAGGUCUGGUGAUCAAUAUGAUCUUGGGGUGGGCGGUUCAGAAGAGGAGGUACUCGACACUGCAGGUGGCCAGUGUCGUGCUGGUCACCGUGGGUGUUGUAAGCAGUACGCUGUACUCGACCAGUCCGUCUGCAAAGACGACUACCCCAAGAGAGGAUGCGGGAGCAGGAGAGUAUGCUACGGGCGUCCUGCUGCUGUUUUCAGCACUCGUCUUGACCGGGCUCAUGGGUCUGUGGCAGGAACAAACGUUCAAGCGGUACGGCAAUCAGAACUGGAGAGAGUCGCUCUUCUACUCUCACCUCCUGUCACUGCCCAUCUUCGCGCUGAGACCGACGAGUCUGAUCAGAGACAUUCACCAUGCCAACGCUACCACGCCCUGGUGGUUCGGCUUCGGUCCACCUCCGGCUUCCUCCGCUGCCCACCCCCCACCCACCCUCCUCCAACGACUCUCCGCCUUCCUCCCCGCCUCCUCCUCCCUAGGACGAAAAGACCUCACACAAGAACGCAUCUUCGACCUCGCGCACCUGCGCCCAUUCACCCACCUACCCCCGCAUCUCCUACCCAGAACAGGCAUCUGGGUCCCAAGCUUCUACCCGCCGCUCCUGCUCAACGUUGCCACGCAGCUGCUCUGCAUCAACGGCGUCAACCGGCUCACGUCCAAGGUCAGUUCGCUCUCGGUCACGCUGGUUCUGGUGGUGAGGAAAGCAGUGAGCCUCAUGGUCAGCGUCAUGCUCGUGGAGCGCUCGACGGGGAGCGUGGGGCUGUGGUGCGGCGCCGCAGCUGUGCUGGCGGGCACGGUCGGGUAUGCCACGUCCAAGCCCGUUGCGGCGCGGGUGGAGGGCGAGGUUGAGAAGACGAAGAACAAGUAG